AUGGCUUCAGCUACGUUGUUUCGUCUUGAUCAACGAGUGACCAUCGCUGGUAAAGGCAUAGGCACAAUUGCUUUUGUUGGCAAAACAGAUUUUGCAGAUGGUGAAUGGAUUGGCGUUAUUCUUGAUGAGCCCAAAGGAAAAAAUAAUGGAACUGUACCAAAGAAAGAUGGAACAACUGUACGGUAUUUUACAUGUGAUGACAAUCAUGGUUUAUAUGUGCGACCUGCACAGAUUGAAUCUGUGAUUAAUGAUUUACAAACAAAUUUAGUACGAUCAUCUUCGAACCAUUCAAUAAAAUCUCAGGCUAGUAGUACAGGAAGUAUUCCACCACCAUCGAAUCUUGCAGUUCCAAAAACCAGCACUUUACCCGCAAAAAAAAGUGGAAUGCGAGCACCCGUAUCGAAUGCAGCCACAAAGCUUCCAGUCGAUGGAGAUAUUGAUGAAACAGGUCUCAAUCGAACAGCUCAAUCAUCUAGUGACAUUCCAGCGGCUGUAGCAGCUGAACAAAUAUCACCACCUAAAGAAGAAGUUAAAUCAACUGAAACACCUUCAUCACAAGCCCGGUCAAUAACUUCUAUGCCACCACCAGCUGCCAUUCCCCCUAUUGAUUCGAAUAACGUAGUAAAAAAAUCGACCAGUUCCACACCAGAAUCAUCAGAUUCUCAACAAACUAUUGCAAAUCUCAAGAAUAAAAUUACCGAUCAAGAAGAACAAAUUCAAACAUUAAUAAAAAGACGUCGGGAUGAUCUUGAAAAGAUUAAAGAAUUCGAACGAACAAAACUUCAAUUGGAUCAAUUACAAACCUAUAAACGUGAAGCACAAGAUCGCAUAAAAGAAUUAAAUGAAAAAUUGCAACAACAAGAACAUGAAUUGAAAGAUACUCGCGAUAGAUUUGCUGCUUAUCGUGAUGAAAUGACUGAUACUGAAGUACGAAUUGAAUCGCUUGCACUCGAUCUUGAAAUGGCUGAAGAAAAACUUGAAACUAUAACAUCAGAAAAUACAACGAUAAAAGAGAAAUUUGAAGAGGUACAAUUAGAAUUAGAUAUUAUUAAAGGUGAAAUACAAUUAAAUGGGCCUAAUCAAGUAGCAAAUGAUAUUCAACAAAAAGUUGAUGAUGAACGAACAAUUAAAAUGGAACAAGCAUUAAUAAAAUUACGCGAUUUAUCAUUGACUAAACAAGCUGAAAAUGAAACACUGAAAAAACAAUGUGAAGCAUUAGAACAUAAAGUUAAAAUAUUAUCAAAAGAAAAUGAAAAUGCAAAAGUUGAAAUUACAACUAUGCAAGCAACGAUUGCAGAUUUAACUGAACAGGUCGAUACAUGUUUGGGUGCUCAACAAAUGGUUGAGAUAUUGACAAAUAAAAAUCUUUCACUUGAAGAUCAAGUACGAGAAUUGCAAGACAAUGUUGAUAAUCUCGAAUCACUCUGUGAAAUGGACAAAGAGAUGGAAGAAAAUGCUAAAGAAGUCGAACGUGAUCUUCGUGAAACUAUUGAUUUAUUACAAAAUCAAUUACGUGAGAAAGACCGACAAAUUGAACAAUUACAAUACACUAUUGGUGAUCAUGAACGAACUAUACUGAAAUUUCGUGAGACAGUUAAAAAUAUGCAACUUCAAAAUGAUCAAUGUAAAAAACAAAUUGAAAAAUAUGAGGAACAAUUAAAACUCGCUGGUUCAGUUCAAUCAAGUGAAUUUAAAGCUAAAAUUGUUGAAACAAAAAGUUACGGUGAAAUAAUUGAAAACGAAAUAAAAAAGCUUGACGUACAAAAUUUAACAAAACAUGUUAAUUUAUUAACAUUAUUUUUACCUGAACAAUUUCUUAAACGUGGCGCAGAUCAAGAUUGCAUUUUUGCUCUUCUACUUGUUCACCGUUUAAUAUCGAAAUGUGAUUUAUUGACAAUUGAAGUACAGAAAAAAUUUCCAAGAGUCGAUCAAAUAAGUUUUGAUGAUGUUGUUAAUACACAUCGUGCAGAAGAAUGGAGUUUUGCAUGUAAACUGUCUCAAUCAUUAUCAAUUUUUCAAAUGAUUCUUCAAAAAUUUGCGAAGGCAAUGGGAGUAUGCAAUCCAGAUACUCUUCGUCAUGUGGCCAGCACUUAUCAUGAUUUAUUAUCACAUGAAAAAUCGCUCGAUCUACUUAUUGAUCUUUUACAAAAAGAUCAGUUACAUGAUUCAUUAUCAUUAAAUACAUUGGAUAAAACAAUAUCAUUUUAUGAACACAUCUAUAAAAGCUAUUUAAGCCAGGAGAAAUUUUCCAUGUCUACUUAUUUGCGAGAUUUAACACGUGUUGUGUUGUCAAGUAGUGAUUCGCUUCAAGCGGAUAUUCAGCGUAUACAAGUUUUACAGAAGUCUGGUAAUGAUCAAAGCCCGUUUGCCCUACUUACGCAACGUCUUAUUGAAAGUAACGAACAAAUGCGAGCUCAAGUUAACAAAAUAAAUCGCCUGGUACCACAAGAAGAUGAUAAAAAUCGUUCAUUAGUUCUCGAUUCAAAUAGCAUCUCGUCAAUUGAAUCAUCUAUUCGUAAUCUAGAUCGUUUAACAAAAACAUUCCAUGAAAUAUGUUCUGGUUUAACAACUCAAAUUCUUUUACUCUCUGAUGCUAACGAUCGAGUAAGCGCACAAGAUAUAGAAAAUAUUGCAUAUCAAGCUUGUGAUAAAAUCUAUAAAAAAGAAGAUAGUGGUCCAUAUGAAAGUCUUAGAGAUUCCAUGCACGAAACCGUGUCUACCUUGUCCAACAUAAGUGAUUCAUUAGAAACAGGUUCAUUCGAUUCCACAGUACCACCUGAACAAAAUCCUAAGCAAUCGAUUUAUGUUAUUGCUGAACAAUUUAAAACAUCGAUAAAUGAAGCAGAUUUGAUUCGUGGUAAACUCGAAUUAAAAGAAGAAGAAAUAUUAGAAAUUAAGAAAAUGCUCAAAUUUAAACAUGAUGAAUUAAGUGAAUUGAAUAUACGUUUAUCAUUAAAUGAGAAAAAAAUUGAUACUUUACAAAAAGAACUCGAAGAAAAAGAUAACAAACAUAAACAAACAUUAGAAGAAAUUAAAGUUGAUGGACAGAAAAAAAUAAAACAAUGUGAAGAAGCUAUGGCUGUUUUACAAAAUGAUAAUGAACAACUCGAACAAGAGAAGAGUGCAUUAAAAGAACGACUUAAACAAUUAACUAAAAAUAAACUUGUUGAUGAUUUGAUACAGAAGAAAAUCGGAGGAACAUUGAAACCAACUGGAUCACUUAAUUCUAGCUCAGAUGGAACAGUAUCUUCACAAUGUCAAUUACCGUCACCAUCUGUCGGAGAUGGAAAUCUAAUGUCAACAGCUAGUGAACAAGAAGUUUCAGCACUUCGAAAUACUGUUCGACAUUUAAAAGAUGAAAUAUGGCAUCUGAAGAUGAAUCGUUCAUCAAUGGAAUUGACUAAACUUGAACAACCAGCAUCAGCUACGAAUAUCAAUGAAAUAGCUGAUAUCUAUAAAACUUCUACAUUACUUUUAAAUGAUCUAUUUUCAUCAAUAGCCAGUUAUAAAAUAACUGGAGAAAAUGUGGCAGCUAAACAUGAAAUUAUACGUUCAAAAAUGAAAUUGGUUGAUCAAACGGCAAAUAAUCUUAAUACUCGACUCUAUCAAUGUCAAAGCAAUAUUACUCCUGGUUCAAUGAUUGAAACAAAGAUGAAAACCUUUUCUAAUCCAGACUUUUCAAAGUCUCUUACAGCUGACCGACUAUUAGCAGCCGAAAUUCAGUUACCCGGCGGUGGUGGUGGUGGAGGUGAAUUGAAUAUAACUCAAGAACAAUAUCGUACAAUAAUGCGUCAAGCAAUUGGUUGUGUUUAA